UUCUUUCCUGAGGUGUCUGAAUUUUUUUCUUUCUUUUGUCCAAUAAUAGCAAGACCCUUAAUUUUCCACAAUGGGGAGUUACAGCAAGUGAGGGAAGCACUUUUCACAAGUCUUCCCGUUUGUAUGGUCCAAGUCUUCACCUCUUUAGCUUGGAAAUUGUUGGCUUUCCCUUCUUUGACCCGUUCCACUCUGUUUUUUCUCUCUCCCAUUCACUUCCACACUAUCAUCUGAACACUGAAAGAGUAGAGUUUCCGGAAAGGUUCUUGGGGUUUCCUGAAUUGGGUUGUCAGAAAACCAAGGCUGUUCAUGGAAGCGUAGUAGUGCUAUGGGGUUUGUAUGCUUUGCCGUUGCUUAGAUUGUAUAGUCAUCUUGGUGAGGUGUCUGCAUUACUUUCUCUUGGCUUGUGUUUAGGAUCUUGGUGAAGAUGGUGCUGCAUAGCCGGAUUUUCAGUUACCAUGUUGUUAGUUUCUUGUUGCUGAUUAGUUGUGGCAUGAACUAUGGAACCGAUACUGAUAUUUUCUGCCUACAAAGUAUAAAAGAUGCCCUUGAGGAUCCCAAUAACUAUUUGAAGUUUUCUUGGGAUUUCAACAACAAAACUGAAGGGUUCAUAUGUAGGUUUAUUGGGGUUGAGUGUUGGCACCCUGAUGAGAACAGGGUCUUGAAUCUCAAACUGUCAAAUAUGGGACUCAAGGGCCAGUUUCCUCGUGCCAUUCAAAAUUGCUCUAGCUUAACUGGGUUAGACCUUUCAAUUAACAAACUCUCUGGAACCAUUCCGGGAGAUAUAUCUACUCUUGUACCAUUUGUGACCUCUUUUGACCUUUCUUCAAAUGAAUUUUCUGGGGCGAUUCCGGUGACUCUUUCAAAUUGCACCUUUCUCAAUAGCCUUAGACUUGAUCAGAACAGACUCACUGGUCAAAUUCCUCUACAAUUUGGUAUUCUCCCACGGCUCAAGACCUUUUCUGUGUCUAACAAUCUUUUGACGGGGCAAGUUCCAAGCUUUAACUCUUCAGUUUCAGUGAAUUAUGCAAAUAAUCAAGGCCUGUGUGGAGGUAAUGGAUUGGGGUCUUGCCAAGCCAAGAAUUCUAAGAGUAACAUGGCUGUUAUUGCUGGAGCUGCUGCAGGUGGGGUGACUCUUGCAGCAUUAGGAUUGGCUGUUGCAAUGUUUUUCUUCGUGCGACGUGUUUCUGUCAAGAAGAAGGAAGAGGACCCUGAAGGAAACAAAUGGGCAAGAAGUCUAAAAGGAACUAAACAAAUUAAGGUUUCUAUGUUUGAGAAAUCAAUCUCAAAAAUGAAGUUGAUCGAUCUCAUGAAGGCUACUAACAACUUCAGUAAUAGCAAUAUCAUUGGGUCAGGAAGAACAGGAACUGUUUACAAAGCUGUGCUUGGUGAUGGAACAACAUUUAUGGUAAAGAGAUUACAGGAAUCUCAGUACACUGAAAAGGAAUUCAUGUCUGAGAUGGGUACACUAGGGACUGUCAAACAUCGCAAUCUUGUUCCUCUUUUAGGCUUUUGCAUGGCCAAAAAGGAGAGGCUUUUGGUCUAUAAAAACAUGCCAAAUGGCAAUCUGCAUGACCAACUCCAUCCUGCAGAUGGUGUGAGCACCCUUGACUGGACUACAAGACUCAAAAUUGCAAUUGGAGCAGCCAAAGGGUUUGCAUGGCUUCAUCAUAGCUGCAACCCCCGAAUCAUCCACCGAAACAUAAGCUCAAAGUGCAUCUUGUUGGAUGCAGAAUUUGAGCCAAAAAUUUCUGAUUUCGGCCUUGCCAGACUGAUGAACCCAAUUGAUACUCAUUUGAGUACUUUUGUAAAUGGGGAGUUUGGUGAUUUGGGUUAUGUUGCUCCUGAGUACACAAGAACUUUGGUUGCUACACCCAAGGGGGAUGUUUAUAGCUUUGGGACUGUUCUUCUUGAGUUGGUGACUGGUGAAAGACCCACCAAUGUGGCUAAAGCUCCAGAAACUUUUAAAGGAAAUCUGGUAGAAUGGAUCACAGAGCUAACAAACAAUGGAAAACUCCAUAAUGCCAUUGAUGAAUCAUUAGUCAGCAAGGAAGUUGACAGUGAGCUUUUCCAAUUUCUGAAGAUUGCAUGCAACUGUGUUCUGCCAACUCCAAAGGAGAGGCCAACCAUGUUUGAAGUGUAUCAGUUUUUAAGAGCCAUUGGUGCUAGAUACAAUUUCACAACUGAUGAUGAGAUAUUGGUACCUACUGAUAAUGGUGAUGCUGAUAACAUGGAGGAACUCAUUGUAGCUCGGGAAUGAAGUUAUUGAAAGGUAUAGUAUUUGUCAUUAGUAUUAUAUUUUACUGUGUAAUUAUAUAUCUCUUACUUUGUCGUCCUAAAAUAAAUGUUAGUGAUGUAUGUAGGUUGAGGAUCUAGAUUCAGUUGUGUGCUAUUGACAUUGAAAAAUCAGUGUAAGAUCAUCAAUCAUGGUGUAGAUAUAGUUGAGUUACUUCUUUCUAAUCAUUAUCUUAAUCUGA